AUGCUGCCAAUGUUAACUGGACUCUUCUUCUUCUUCUUCUUCCUCUUCUUCUUCCUCUUCUUCUUCUUCCUCCUCCUCAGACUCCCCUACCCAAUCCUUCUCAUGCGUCACCCCCUCCAAAAACGGUGGCUCCUCGAUUUGCUUCUCCGCAACCGCCAGAUCACCACCAACCCAACCAAUCCAGGUGAACUUACUCUCGCCAUCUGGCCAGAUACCCCAGCUCCCACACAGCCCUCCUACAUCGAUCACCCGAAGGUCUGGAUCUUGGAUUGCAUCACAAUGAUGUUCUCAGAAUACCGGAUAUGCGCAUUUAUCUGCUCAGACAGCACCGAAAAUAGCUCAGCUCGCUUCUCUUCCGGAACGGGGGGACAGAUAGACCCCAUCCAGAUCGAUAUCUGGGGUCUUUUCAAUGGCCUCCCAAGGAGAAUCGAAGAUCUCAAAGAGGAAUCCAAUCGUCUGGACGGUAUUGAUGAAUCUCCGCUUGGUCCGACCGGGUGUGAGAUUACUUCCUUCGAUGACGCGGACUAG